ACAUCUCAAUAAAUAAUUCAAACAGUCAUUGGCUUAUGUGUAUAGUAAACAUCCGCCAUGUGAUUGUAUACAUACUUGAUUCAUUACCAUCUCCAACGGAAAAUAAAAGACGAGCCGAAUUGAUCACACGUGUGGUAAAAUUCUUGGAUGAUUUAUUUAAAUACUUGGAUGAGCCACAAGUCAAAAAAUUUAGUAUGCUAUUAUUUGAAAGACUGAAAUGGCUUCCAAUUCAACAAGGUGGUAAUUGUGACAUGCACACCGCCAAGUACUUUAAUUUGGAGCAAUUUAUUGAAGACGAAUUGAUUAUGCUGAAGUUCAGUUCUGUAGCGGGUAGGAUUGGCUUAGUUUUGGACUUGAUCAUGUUUGAAGGGAACAAUGUCAAUGAAAAGAUUAUAGAGAAUGCUAAAAAGAAAUAUCUCAGCACUAAAAGGAAAAAAUGAUAAUAUUGUGGAGGAAAAACUAUCCAUAUUGCUGCUGAUUGUGUAGUAUUUUAGAUGUAAAU